AUGAUUAAAUCAAGUUCUUUAGCGAAUGGUUACUCAGUUUCAUUUGGAUUACUCCCUUGUCGUGCGACAAUAUUGAUAAAUGAACUUCCAGAGACAGUAUCUUUACUUUUACUCAAAGAAACCAAUGUCACAGUUGCCUACUGUAGCAGAUUUGUGCAGACUGUUUCAACAAAAGGUGGACCAUACCCUACAGAUUUAUUCAGUCCAUCACGAAAAGAAUCAAAAUGCCAUCUUAUUUUAGAAAAUACUCAAAUAAAGAUUGCAUUACAUAGUAGUUUAUCAACUUUAAAUUUACGUCAAUUGUUUGCAUACCCUACACAUAGUUCUGAUGCAAAAUUUGAGGUAUUUUUAGAAUGA